GACGGACAGACGGCCCUGCCUGGCAUCGGUCCACUCUCCAUCCUCUGUGGGACCCACCAACGGAAUUUGAGCACAUCCCUGCAUUCCACUCUGCUUCCCACCAUCCCCCUACCAUGAGCCCCUUUCUUGGAGGCUGGCUCUUCUUCUGUCUGCUCCUGCUUUUCUCCCUGGGAGUCCAGGGGGCCACAGAGUAUCCUCGUGCCACACCAGAGCAAGUCCAUCUGUCCUACCCAGGUGAGCCAGGCACCAUGACUGUGACCUGGACCACGUGGGCUCCAGCUCCGUCUGAGGUGCAGUUCGGCACGCAGCUGUCUGGUCCUCUCCCAUUGCGUGCCCAUGGCACCGCCAGCGCUUUCGUGGAUGGAGGAAUUCUGCGGCGCAAGCUCUACAUCCACCGUGUGACACUGCGGAAGCUGCUGCCAGGGGCCCAGUAUGUUUACCGUUGUGGCAGCUCUCAGGGCUGGAGCCGGCGGUUUCGCUUCACGGCCUUGAAGAAUGGGGUUCACUGGAGCCCCCGCCUGGCUGUGUUUGGGGACAUGGGGGCUGACAACCCGAAGGCCCUGCCCAGGCUACGGAGGGACACCCAGCAGGGCAUGUUUGAUGCAGUGCUCCAUGUGGGAGACUUUGCCUACAACAUGGACCAGGACAAUGCUCGAGUUGGGGACAGAUUCAUGAGGCUCAUUGAACCCCUUGCUGCCAACCUGCCAUACAUGACGUGCCCUGGGAAUCAUGAACAGCGCUACAAUUUCUCUAACUACAAGGCUCGCUUCAGCAUGCCAGGGGACAAUGAAGGCUUGUGGUACAGCUGGGACCUGGGUCCUGCCCAUAUCAUCUCGUUCUCCACUGAGGUAUAUUUCUUUCUCCACUAUGGCCGUCACCUGGUUGAGAAGCAGUUCCGUUGGCUGGAGAAUGACCUCCAGAAAGCCAAUAAGAAUCGGGUGGCCCGACCAUGGAUCAUCACGAUGGGCCAUCGGCCUAUGUACUGUUCCAAUGCGGAUCUGGAUGACUGCACCAGGCACGAAAGCAGGGUCCGCAAAGGCCUCCAGGGCAAGUUGUUUGGGCUAGAAGACCUUUUCCAUAAAUACGGUGUGGAUCUGGAGUUCUGGGCUCACGAACAUUCCUACGAACGACUAUGGCCAAUUUACAACUACCAGGUACUUAACGGCAGCCAGGAGAGGCCCUACACCAACCCUCGAGGCCCAGUUCACAUCAUCACAGGAUCUGCGGGCUGUGAAGAGCUGCUGACUCCCUUUGUCAGGAAGCCCAGACCGUGGAGCGCCGUGCGUGUGAAGGAGUAUGGCUACACUCGGUUGCACAUCCUCAAUGGUACCCACUUGCACAUCCAGCAGGUGUCUGAUGACCAGGAUGGGAAGAUUGUGGAUGACGUCUGGGUGGUUAGACCUCUGCUUGGCCGGAUGAUGUACCACUAA